AUGCCUGGUGAAAGCGCUUCUACACUAGUUGACAGAAGCCUAUGUAAGAGAGAGGAGGUGAUCUCGAUGCUCAAGUUUCACCUACCGAGGGCUCAAAACCGAAACAAGCAAGUUGCUGAUUCAUACAGAUCACAUAGGACGUUUGUUGUGGGCAACUAUGUGUAUCUCAAGCUCCAACCUUACUGUCAAAACACAAUAAAGAAAAUGAAGAUUCCACACAAGCUAUCUCCUCGCUACUAUGGCCCCUUCAAGGUCAGUGACAUGGUAGGCUCCGCAGCUUAUCGCUUGGAACUCCCGCCUGAAGCUGCUGUUCAUAAUGUGUUUCAUGUAAGCCAGCUCAAGCUUUUCCCCAACCCACCAACCUCAUCACCCACAGUACCGCAGUUCUGGUCUGAUCUGGGAACAUCUAAAGAACCCGAGGUGAUUUUGGAAACAAAGAUGGCAAAACGUCGCAACUUGGCUGUUACUAAAGUCUUGGUGCAGUGGAAAGGAGAGCGACCAGAGGAUGCAACAUGGGAGUUCUACAAGGACUUCAUUGCCAAGUAUCCUAAUUUUCAUCCUUGA